AGUAAAGUUCUGCGGGAGUGAUAAGGGCAGCGGGCGCAACAGCGGGAGUGUGACAUUGGAUACCUUGGGGACAACCGGAGUGGGACAUCGGGCGGGGACAGCUGGAGUUUUUCUUCAAGCACAGCAGGGGGUCUGCCGGAGUGUGACAUCGGACACUGUGGGGACAACCGGAGUGUGACAUCUGACACCUUGCGAGGGCUGCCGGUGUGUGACAGAGCCUGCUUUUGGAUUGCCUGGCACCGGGCGCGGGAGUGCGCGCAUCCUGUCGCAGGGGCAUGCUUCUGGUGUGUGCCCAAGGAGCUGCAGGCAGUGGGCACUGAACACCGUGCGGACCAUGAGUGACCAUGCCUGACAAGAUGUCCAGCUUCCUAUAUAUCGGUGACAUCGUGUCUCUGUACGCGGAGGGCUCUGUCAAUGGCUUCAUCAGUACCCUGGGAUUGGUUGAUGACAGAUGUGUGGUCCAUCCAGAUGCCGGAGAUCUGGCAAAUCCUCCAAAGAAAUUCAGAGAUUGUCUUUUCAAAGUAUGUCCCAUGAACAGAUACUCGGCCCAGAAACAGUUCUGGAAAGCAAAGCAGGCGAAGCAGGGGAACAAUACAGAAGCAGCGCUGCUUAAGAAACUACAGCACGCGGCAGAGCUGGAACAGAAGCAAAAUGAGUCAGAGAACAGAAAGCUGCUGGGAGAGAUUGUCAAGUACAGCAAUGUCAUACAGUUACUGCACAUUAAAAGCAAUAAAUACCUCACAGUUAACAAGAGGCUGCCCGCUCUCCUUGAGAAGAAUGCAAUGCGGGUGUCUUUGGACGCUGCUGGAAACGAAGGCUCAUGGUUCUACAUUCAGCCAUUUUGGAAGCUUCGGAGCGAGGGUGACAACGUUGUUGUGGGAGAUAAGGUUGUUCUGAUGCCGGUGAAUGCUGGUCAGCCCCUACACGCCAGUAAUAUAGAGCUGUUGGACAACCCUGGCUGCAAGGAGGUAAACGCAGUCAAUUGCAACACCAGCUGGAAAGUGGCCCUGUUCAUGAAAUACAGCGACUACCGGGAUGACGUCCUUAAAGGAGGGGAUGUGGUCAGACUGUUUCAUGCAGAGCAAGAGAAGUUUCUGACCUGUGAUGAAUAUGCGAAGAAGCAGCACAUCUUCCUGCGCACCACGUUACGCCAGUCUGCGACGUCAGCUACCAGUUCCAAGGCCUUGUGGGAAGUAGAGGUGGUGCACCAUGAUCCGUGCCGAGGAGGUGCCGGGCAGUGGAACAGCUUGUUUCGGUUCAAGCACUUGGCAACUGGAAAUUACUUAGCAGCAGAGCUCAAUCCAGACUAUCGAGAUGCGAAUGAUAACAAAAAUCAGAAAGAUGGAGACCUUCCUGUUGGGAAAAGGAAAUGGCAGGCUGGAGAAAAAACUAUCUACACUCUUGUGUCAGUGCCACACGGCAAUGAUAUUGCAUCUUUGUUUGAACUCGAUGCCACCACUCUACAGCGGGCAGACUGCCUGGUACCCAGGAAUUCCUAUGUUCGGUUGCGUCAUCUGUGUACAAACACGUGGGUGACAAGUACCAGUAUUCCGAUCGAUACUGAUGAAGAGAGACCAGUCAUGCUUAAGAUUGGAACUUGCCAGACAAAGGAAGAUAAAGAGGCUUUUGCCAUCAUAUCUGUCCCCCUCUCUGAAGUCAGAGAUCUGGACUUUGCUAACGAUGCCAACAAAGUUUUAGCAUCAACGGUCAAGAAGCUGGAAUACGGAACCAUAACCCAGAAUGAGAGAAGAUUUGUGACCAAGCUGCUAGAGGAUCUGAUAUUUUUUGUUGCUGGAGUUCCCAAUAAUGGACAGGAUUUGCUGGAUGUUGUGGUCACCAAACCCAACCGUGAAAGACAAAAAUUAAUGAGGGAACAAAACAUUUUAGCACAGAUCUUCGGAAUUCUUAAGGCUCCUUUCAAAGACAAGGCGGGAGAAGGUUCAAUGCUUCGGCUGGAAGACCUCGGGGAUCAGAGAUACGCUCCGUACAAAUAUAUUCUUCGUCUUUGCUACAGGGUCCUGAGACAUUCGCAGCAAGACUACAGGAAAAACCAGGAAUACAUCGCUAAGCAUUUCUACGUGAUGCAGUCGCAGAUUGGAUACGAUAUCUUGGCAGAAGACACAAUCACGGCUUUGUUACACAAUAACCGAAAGCUGCUGGAGAAACACAUCACGGCUAAAGAAAUAGAAACAUUUGUUAGUUUGCUGAGAAGGAACAGAGAGCCGAGGUUCCUGGAUUAUUUGUCAGAUUUGUGCGUGUCAAACACCACAGCGAUCCCGGUUACCCAGGAGCUCAUCUGUAAAUUCAUGCUCAGCCCGGGUAAUGCGGACAUUCUCAUUCAGACUAAGCUGGUCAGCACGCAGAUGGAUAACCUCUUAGAGUGCUCCGUUCUGACUGAUGAUAUAGACGAGGAGGAGGUCUGGCUGUACUGGAUUGACAGCAAUAAGGAACCACAUGGCAAAGCUAUAAGGCACCUGGCGCAGGAAGCUAAAGAAGGGACCAAAGCUGACCUAGAAGUCAUUAAUUAUUACAGGUAUCAGCUAAACCUCUUUGCCAGGAUGUGUUUGGAUCGUCAAUAUCUUGCCAUCAACCAGAUUUCUACACAGCUGUCUGUUGACCUAAUACUACGUUGUAUGUCUGACGAGUCUCUCCCCUAUGACCUCCGGGCUUCCUUUUGCCGUCUCAUGCUUCAUAUUCAUGUAGACAGGGACCCUCAAGAAUCUGUAGUUCCUGUAAAAUAUGCCAGAUUGUGGACAGAGAUUCCCACGCGGAUAAGCAUCCAUGACUACGAUUCAUUUACGGACUCCUCCAGGGAUGAGAUGAAGAGGAAGUUUGCUCUCACAAUGGAGUUUGUUGAGGAGUACCUGAAGGAAGUGGUGAACCAGCCUUUUCCAUUUGGCGACAAGGAAAAAAAUAAACUCACAUUUGAGGUUGUACAUCUGGCACGGAAUCUCAUUUAUUUUGGAUUCUACAGUUUUAGUGAACUGCUCAGACUGACGAGGACGUUACUGGCCAUACUAGACAUUGUACAGAGUCCCAUGUCUUCCUACCUAGAGAGGCUGAGCAAAUUUCAAGAUGGAGCAACGCAGCUAAGACCAAUGCUUAGUUCUACUCAUCUUUCUGCUUUUCCAAACUUCAGUGUCGUUAUUAAUGCAGCUAUUGACGCACUUAUUGGAUAA